GCUCUCUGCAUUUCUUCUUCCUUGGAAUGAACUCUUAGUCGUCCCCUCUCUUCCCCCGUCGCCAUCUCCCUAACCAUACCGAUCACAACACAUCACCUUCCAUCGACCACCCCAACUUCCAUUUUUACCCAUCGAUGCGGUCUUCCACAAAACCACCCAUUUCUGGCAUCUCCUCGGUCCGGUAACAAUGGCGGAGAUUCAGACGGUAUCGCAAUCGCGGCGCUCCCACCGCUGGAUCUCCACCCACAAGACUCUCCUGUCCGCGAUUUGGAUCGGCGCCUUCUUCUUCUCCUCCGUCUUUCUCUGGCAGAAGGACGCAGCCGGCGGACUUUUCUCUCACAGGAGGUUUUUCCCGUCCCGAGAACCGCCCAGGCUCCGCCCGGUGACAUUUAAUUUGACGGAUUUCGGAGGGGUCGGGGAUGGGGUCACUGUCAAUACGGCGGCGUUUGAGAGCGCCGUCUUGGCAAUCUCGAAGCUCCGAAACAAGGGCGGCGGGCAGCUGAAUGUGCCUCCUGGGUUUUGGCUUACGGCUCCUUUCAACCUCACCAGCCAUAUGACUCUCUUCCUUGCCGAGGGUUCUGUUAUUCUUGGCCUUGAUGAUGAGAAGUACUGGCCACUGAUGCCCCCAUUGCCUUCAUAUGGACAUGGUAGGGAACACCCCGGACCACGCUAUGGCAGUCUAAUCCAUGGCCAGAAUCUCAAAGAUGUGGUAAUAACAGGUCAUAAUGGCACCAUAAGUGGGCAGGGCCAAAGGUGGUGGAGCAAGUAUCUGCAGAGACGCCUCAACCACACCAGAGGACCUCUUGUCCAGAUUAUGUGGUCUAGUGACAUUCUCAUCCACAAUGUCACGUUGCGCGAUUCUCCCUUUUGGACCCUUCAUCCGUUCGACUGCAAAAAUGUUACCAUCAGCGAUGUGACUAUUCUCGCUCCAAUGUUUAAGGCUCCCAACACUGAUGGCAUUGAUCCUGAUUCAUGUGAAGAUGUGUUGAUUGAAAACUGUUACAUAAGUGUGGGCGAUGACGCCAUUGCAAUAAAGAGUGGUUGGGAUCAGUAUGGUAUAGCUUAUGGACGCCCAUCCAAAAAUAUACUCGUAAGAAACGUAGUGGUUCAAUCCAUGGUCAGUGCAGGCAUAUCAAUAGGAAGUGAGAUGUCGGGUGGGGUAUCUAACGUGACCGUUGAGAACCUUCGUGUGUGGAACUCGAGGCGUGCGCUUAGGAUAAAGACAGCACCGGGAAGAGGAGGACACGUUCAACACAUAUCGUUUCACAAUGUGACGCUGGAAAAUGUUCGGGCGGGGAUUAUCAUCAAGACCGAUUACAACGAACAUCCAAACGGAGAGUUCAAUCCCAAAGCCAUGCCUGUUAUUAAGGACAUAAGUUACACGUCCAUACACGGGGAGGGAGUACGAGUCCCCGUCCGCAUUCACGGAAGCGAAGACAUUCCCGUGAGGAACGUAACUUUCCGUGACGUGUCGAUUGGGACAACUUAUAAGAAGAAACACAUAUUUCAGUGCUCUUUUGUUGAAGGACGCAUUAUAGGCACGAUCUUUCCUGCGCCUUGUCAGGAUCUUGAUUUCUACGACGAGCAAGGGCGACUGAUCAAACGUUCGGAUGCUCCCAAUACUUCAGACAUAGAUUAUGACCUUUGAAUUCGUAAAAAGAAAGGGCGAACUCCAUCCAAGGGUCCUUUACAGACAGUUACCUGAGAAGAGAGGUAAAUGAAGCUUUAAUCUCAAGUGCCCACACCUUUGAAUUUGUAGUAUGGAUAGGUGAUGGCACAUAUUCUAUCUCUCAUCAAUAUUUCCUCAUUUGUUUCUUGAUUUUCAUAGCUGAUCUUGCUUCUUUCUUGGCUUGUAUAUCUAUUGGUCACGGGGUUAGGCAAAUGGAAUCGAA